AACACAGAGCGCAAGAUACUGCACGAUCAGGUGCCUCCCCUACUCCUUAAAACUUUCUUUUUUUAGGAGAGCGAGUUCUUCUUCGAUGAAGGAUGGCAACCUCAGAAAUCGGUGUUGAACAAGAAGAUGGGCGCUGGAAUGAAUCUUCAGGAGUCUACACGGGCGAUGACGCCAGUCCUGAAAGAGCUUCAGGCUCUGAAAUGGACGAACAACGAAAACAACAGAUGGCUUACCAAUAUUUAUGCCACUUGGAAGAGGCAAAAGUGUGGAUGGAAGCAUGUCUGAAGGAGGAAUUACCAGCCACAACUGAAUUAGAAGAGGCCUUCAGAAAUGGGGUGUUCUUGGCAAAGUUGGGAAAUUUCUUUUCGCCUGAGACGGUUCCCCUUCGCAAAAUAUUUGAUAAGGAGUUUAAAGUGUUGAACUCUCGUGGACUUCACUUUCGCCAUACCGAUAACAUUAAUUACUUCAUGAACAGCUGUGCUAAAGUUGGACUUCCGAAGGUCUUCUUCCCUGAAACAACGGAUAUUUAUGACAGGAAAAAUAUGCCAAAGCUGAUAUAUUGUAUCCAUGCACUGAGUUUGUUCCUGUUCAAGUUAGGAUUAGCACCUCAGAUACAGGAUCUCUAUGGCAAGGCUAAAUUCACUGACGAGCAGAUCAGUGCCAUGAGGAAGGAACUGGAAAAGUAUGGAAUUCAGAUGCCAGCUUUUAGCAAGAUUGGAGGAAUUUUGGAAAGCGAGAUGCCAGUGGAUGAAGCAGCCUUGCAUGCAGCAGUGAUAGCAAUUAACGAUGCAAUUGAGCACCAAGAUGCCAACAGCACUCUUGAGGCACUUCGCAAUCCCAGUGCACACUUGGUUGAGGUCACUUCUGAUCAUGCUGAAGAUUACCAGUCAGCUCUAUAUCAAGCAAAGAGUACUAAGGCUGCCCAAGCUCUAGCUAAGUCUCCAAGUAAGGAAGGGAUGGAUGUGUAUGACACGCUUUUAACACAAGCUGAGAUACAAGGAAAUAUCAGUCAGGUUAAUGAUGUGAUCAGAAGAAAGAAAGCUGAGGAAGCAUUGAACCAGGCUGUGAAAGAAAUCAAUGAAGCACUGAACAACCACAGUGAGGAUGCUUUGACCUUGGCCCUGUCUAACAGGGCUGCUAGGUUGUCUGGUGUUGUAGGAGAAAAUGCAUCUUGGUACAUGAAGAUGCUAGAUGAGAAAAGAAAAAUAAAACAAGAGCAAACAGGUCCAGCAGAAGUUGAUCUCACACAAGCUGAAAUCCAGGAAGCAGUCAAUUCCGCAAAUGACCUGGCUGAGCAACAUAGGCAAAUUGAGGACGUAGUGCAUUGCGUAAACAAGUCCUUGGAUAUGGGAACUGUUGAGGAAACUCACUCCUUGAUUCAAAAGCGUGAAGGAUUGUUCCCAAAAGUACUCACCAGGAGUGCUUUUCUCUACCAUGAUGGUCUCUAUAAAGCCAAACAACAAGCUCUGCAAGAACAUGAAGAAUCUCAACUUUCCCAUCAAGCCAUAUGUGAUCAGUUGUCAGUGUUGACAGCCAUAGCAGCCAUAAAUGAAGCCAUUGAAAAUGAGAAUUCCACUCAGUUAAUUGAAAAAAUGAACAGCCGUAGUGCUGGCUUGACAUCUGUGGAUGAGAGUUACUGUAACAGAUACCUAAGUCAUUUGAUCUCUGUUAAAGAGGAGAAAGCUCAGGACUGUGGAGUUGGCAAAGAUGACCUGACCCAGAUUGAGCUUCAGAUAUGUGUGGACUUUGUGAAUGCUGUUGUUCAGGAGGAACAUGACUUAAUAUCUGCCAUAGCAGUCAUCAAUGAAACCAUUGACAAGGGAGAACCCCAAAGUACAUUACAAGCUUUACAAGCUGAUGCCGCCAAACUGUCAAGUAUUGUUCCUGACAACAGCCAACUUUAUCAGAAGCUUCUCCUCUCUCAAAAGACUGCCAAAGCUCAGAAAGCUGAUGAAGAUUCAGCAGAACUGUGGCACGGUGAGAUUCAACGAACAUUAGACAAUGCCAAUCGUCACUCAGAUGAGGCACGGCAGUUGGCAGAGGGCGUGACUGCAAUCAAUCAAGCAAUUGACGCACAAGAUGAGAGGCUCCUGAAGGCUGCUCUCACAUACCCUAGGGCCAGUAUUUAUGGGGUCACAUCCAAGUGUAUUCAGGAGUACCUUGAAGAGCUCAAAAAACUCAAAGACAGUAAGAAAGAUUCAGGUAGCACUUCUGUGUGGUUAGAGCAGAAGACCUCGCAAGGUUACUUGUAUUUUUACAAUACUGAGAGUACUGAAAGUUGCUGGGAAAAACCUGAGAGUAUGAUCAGCAACUCAGCAGUGCUUACCAGGGAGGAAAUUCAAGGUGUGAUAUCACGUGUGACAGCCCAGUAUGACCGAUGGAUUCACAUGCAGUCAAAUGAGCCACUGAUUGUCAAGCUGCAGGCCAACUGGAAAGGAUACUUGGCCAGAAAGGCUUACAAAGAAAGAAGAACAUUCAUCAAAGAACAUUUACCAGCAAUUAUCAAAAUACAGGCAUUUGUGAGAGGAUUUAUGCAGAGGCUGAAAUACCAAAGGAGGCUUAAAGAGCUUAACAGUCAUCCUGAAGAAGUCGUAAAGAUUCAAUCCUGGGUGAGGAUGUCACUUGCCAGAAAAAAAUACUUAGAGAGAAGCAAAUACUUCAAAGACCAUAACUCUGCCAUAGUGAAGAUCCAAGCAUGGGUGAGGGCCAAUGUUGCUCAAAAUGAUUAUCGAAAACUCAUCUCCAUGCAAGAUCCACCUGUGAAGACUGUAAGAAAAUUCCUUCAUCUUUUGGAACAUAGUGAUGCAGACUUUGAAGAGGAGCUAGACCUUCAGAAGCUAAGGGCACAGGUUGUGACAGAGAUCAGAUCAAAUCAACAACUAGAAAAUGACUUGAGUCUGAUGGACAUCAAGAUUGGACUUCUUGUUAGAAACAGAAUCACUCUACAGGAUGUAAUACAUCAUGGAAAGAACUUGAAGCGGGAAAAGCAAGACAUGAGCACGGCUUUACAGAGAACCAAAGGAAUUAAGUCCCUGAGUAAAGAAAGCCAUGAAAAACUAGAGGCAUAUCAGAACCUGUUUUACUUGCUACAGACAAACCCAGUUUAUCUGGCCAAACUGAUUUUUGCUAUGCCACAAAGUAAAUUUACCAAAUUCAUGGAAUCUGUUAUAUUGACGUUGUACAACUAUGCUUCAAAUGCUCGGGAAGAGUACUUACUUGUGAAAUUAUUUGACACUGCGCUCAAAGAGGAAAUCAAUUCAAAAGUUGAUCAAAUACAGGAGAUUGUAACAGGUAAUCCAGCAGUCAUUAGAAUGGUGGUGCACUUUAAUAGAGGUACCAGGGGUCAGAGCUCACUGAGAGAACUUUUGCAGCCAUUGGUAGAAGGUGUUCUCAAUGACAAGAACCUGUCAAUAAAUACCAACCCACUUGAGGUCUACAAAGCCUGGAUUAAUCAAAUGGAGUCAGAGACAGGAGAGGCAAGUAAACUGCCAUAUGAUGUGGAACCAGAGCAAGCGCUUAAACACCCUGAAGUGCGAGACAGAAUAGAAGCAGCCAUGAAGAGGCUGACACAAGCAACAGACACGUUUUUAAACUCCAUUGUGGAGUCCGGUGACAAAAUCCCGUAUGGUAUGAGAUACGUUGCCAUGUCUCUGAGAGUGGCGCUGGCUGAAAAGUUUCCAGAAGUACCAGAGGCAGAGAUAUUGAAGGUUGUAGGUAACUUGAUCUACUACAGAUAUAUGAACCCUGCUAUCGUAGCACCGGAUGCUUUUGACAUCGUGUCGUUUGGUGUAGACAAGGGAUUGACUCCUGAUCAGCGAAGAAAUCUGGGAUCCAUUGCAAAGAUUUUACAGUACGCAGCAUCAAACAAAAUGUUUGGAGGUGAGAGUGCCCAUCUUAGCCCUCUAAAUGGCUACAUUGCAGAGGCCCAUCAGAGAUUCAAGAGAUUUUUCUUGGAAGUGUCCACAGUGGAAGAACCAGAGGGCCAUUUUAACAUAGAUGAGUACACGGACGUGGUGAUGGUCACAAAACCAGUGAUUUACAUCUCAGUGCAGGAGAUCUGUGAUACUCACACUCUACUGUUAGAUCAUAGAGACGAAAUAGCACCUGAUUCCAACGACCCUCUCCAUGAGCUACUUGAUGACCUUGGUGAUGCACCGUGUGUUGAGGCACUGUUAGGUGAAACAGCACCAGUUGAUGGAGAAGACCCGACACGUUCGUCAAAAACGGAGAUCUCGUUAACUCUGACCAACAAGUUUGAGGUUCCAGAAGAUGAUGACUCUGACAUGAGGGCGUUGUUUGUCAGAACAAAAAGAAUGAUCGUUGAUGUAUUGAAUGUCCAAGCUGGUGAAAAUCUGACAGAAAUUCUCGAGACACCCGCCUCUGACGAGCAGGAAGAGGAGCACAUGCGAUUAAUGAAGCUUAGAGAAUUGAACGAAGAAAACAAGAGCAAGUCUCAUGGAAAUGUGACGAGGUCUACUUCAACCUAUGGAGACAACAAGCUUCCGCUAGAAGGACUGAAAAGAAAAAUCAUCAGAAAUCUUCGGAUGCUUGAAAGUCAAGGGGUUGUUACCAUCAAGAAUGAUUAUCAGGAUAUUAUUAACGCUAUUGCAAAGGACAUCAGAAACCAGAGAAGGUACCGUCAAAGACGAAGACAAGAAAAGAAGAAACUGGGCCAGACUUUGGAAAGCCUGCAGAGUAAAUCACAGUUCUAUGAAGAACAGAUCGACUACUACAACCAGUACAUCCGAGUGUGUCUAGAUAACCUGUCCAAGAAGGGAAAAAAACCCCGAGCCAAACAGCACAAGGGUCAGAAAGGAAAGGAUGAUGUUUACCUGGGAGAGAUCAAGUACACUGCACAGAGACUGUACGAGAAAGGAGUUAUACUGGAGAUUGAAGGAUUACCACCAUCACAGUUUAAGAAUGUCAUGUUUGACAUCAAAUCAGGAGAUGAAGUUGGAGUGUUUGAGGUGUCCGCUAAAUUCAUGGGCGUAGCCAUGGAAAAGGUGGAGCUUGUGUUUCAGGACUUGCUUCAGCUUCAAUAUGAGGGUGUAGCAGUGAUGAAGAUGUUCGGGCGGGCAAAGAUUAAUGUCAACCUACUCAUCUUCCUGUUAAACAAGAAAUUCUACGGCAAAUAGAUAGCAAAUAGAGACAAUCAUGUUCACUUAAUGUGCGGAGUGAAUAAACUAAAUGGCACCAAGACGAUCCCGGAUUACUUGGACCUACGUAAAGAACCCCGAUGUCACAAAACAGAGAAGCGUCUGAAAAACGAGAUCCUCACACAAUCAGAGUAAUUGGAAGGGAAUUCCGCCCCAAUGGAAUCCCACCGAACGGUCAUCUCACUGGCCACUUUUUAGCCUGGAGAAAAAUAAUCAGUCGUUUGCCAUAUUCAUUUAUACAUCUACAAUAUUGACAUUGAUUGAUAAAUAAGGUGACGCUUUACCAAGGUACCGCCGUAGGGCAGUAGCGGCUGGGAUUGUUGUCUAGUUUCCGUGACGAGUGGAGUUCCUUUCUCGUUAAAUUUUGUUCUUUCAUGCUCAAGAAUAUCAUUACUGUACCAGAUUCAGUAGCACGCGAACUAUGUAGAACUCGACCAUCGGUUGCGUUUACCACAACUGUCAAUUAUCUUUGUAAACAUCCAACAAGUUAAAGUACCCUGUAACUAAAUUAGUGAAACAUGGGCAAAGAUCAUGUUCGUGGGUUGUGACUGGUGGAUUUCGAUCAAGGUUUUUUGUAUUUGUUUUUGUUUUUGUUUUUCCAUGGUUCGUUGGUUGUCGUCGUAAAAGGCGAUUUGCAUGAUGACGUCAUUUGACUACAGUUCCCAGAAUCCUACACUUCAUCUGUUUCUUUUAUUAAUUGCGGCGAUUGUGAUUUAAACCCCACUGGGACUUCAAAAUUUAAAUAAUAAAGUAAAAACGAAGUGAAUUCUGGUAGUUGUAGUCAAAUGACGAUAACAUGCAAAUAUGCUAUUGCAGGGAACUUCACACGCCUGUUUAGAGGUUACGUGUUGUUAACAUGCGCAGUAAACCACCAGAUAGUAUUAAGUUUUGUUUCAGAUUCAUUUCAUUGUGUUACCAAGGAAAAUCCGUUUCUUUCUUUUUUUGGGGUGAAAAUGCUUUAAGAAGUUUAAUUGUGGGUGUUAGUCCAUAUUGCUGUGCUGCAGUUUGAAGGGAUAGCUCACAAAAAAAUAAAUUUCAAUUAGGACUAUUAAUGUAAAAGAGCAUUUUAGAAGUUUCUAAAUGCAGAUUCUUAAUAUAUAGGGUAGGUAUGAAUUGCAAGUGAAUUAUAUGGGUGCACAACUGUGGUGCCUUUCUACGAUUAGGUUGUUUAUUUUCUGGGAUAUCGUUUGUUAUGGCUAUUUGUGGACUUAUCUUGUACCCUAACAAUGAGAUGUGAAUUUUUAAAGAAGAUAGUCAGCUCUAAAUGACAAAAUAAAACCGGAGCUGCUAGACAAUGAACGCAGCUUGGAGUAGUUUUGUUACACGAUGAACUUAUUAUAUUUAAAACUUCAUUCUAUGCACUCCGCGGUGUAAGCUGAGCCAACUAGUCUUCGCUCAAUAAAAUAACAAAUAUUUCUGA